UGCUGCAGAGCUGGACGGUACAAUAGCAGCAGAAAUGGGAUCAGGCGGGACAAUGUGUAGGACUCAGCUCUGGCUGUUGACCUUACCGGCUUUUUUCUCCUUGAUGUCUCUGGCUGAAGAAUCUCCAAUGAAGAUAAUGUCUGCCCCCAGUGUGUUGCAUGUAGGAACAGCAGAAAACGUCUUUGUGGAGUGUCAAGACUGCACCAACGAUAAUGAUACCAGAGUUGAAAUCAACGUAUUGAAUUAUCCGACCAAAUUGAAAAGGCUGGCAUCCACAUCUGUGAUCCUUAACAGAGCAAAUGAAUUCCAGAACUUCGGUCAAAUUAAUAUCCCCACUGGAGACUUCAGUGAGCAUCCCGACACGAAGCAGCAUGUCUACCUGCAAGCUCAUUUCCCUGAUGUAGUACUGGAGAAAGUUGUCUUAGUGUCCUUCCAGUCUGGCUACAUCUUCAUCCAGACUGACAAGACCCUCUACACCCCCAACAGUAAAGUUCUCUACAGGAUAUUUGUACUGACACCCCGCAUGGACCCUGUGGGGACGGAUAAUGAAACCAGAACUGAUACUUCUCUUGCUAUUGACAUUGUGACCCCUGAAGGCAUCAUUUCAGCACUUGAUCCAGUCUCUCUGAAAUCCGGCAUCUACUCUGGAGAUUACCAACUCGGUGAAAUUGUCAGUGUUGGGCUUUGGAAAGUGGUGGCCAAGUUAAACAGCAGACCACACCUGAGCAACUCUGCAGAGUUUGAAGUCAAAGAAUACGUGCUGCCCAGUUUUGAGGUGAAACUGACGCCUACGAGCUCCUUCUUCUAUGUGGACAGUCCACAGCUCACCAUCGACAUCAAAGCUACGUAUCUGUUUGGUAAAGAGGUGGAUGGGUCAGCCUUCGGGAUAUUUGGGGUUAUGCAUGAGGGUCAAAAGAAGAGCUUUCCCAGCUCUCUUCAGAGAGUGGUGAUUGAGAACGGUAAUGGAGUGGUCAUGCUGAAGAGAGAGCACAUCACACAGACCUUUGAAAACAUCCUGGACCUGGUGGGGAGCUCCAUAUUUGUAGCUGUCAGUGUGCUGACAGACAGCGACAGUGAAAUGGCGGAGGCAAAAUUGAAAAGUAUCCAGAUUGUCACAUCACCUUACACCAUCCACUUCAAGAAAACACCCCAAUAUUUCAAACCAGGAAUGUCCUUUGAUGUUGCGAUUGAAGUUGUGAAACCUGACGGCAGUCCAGCACAAGGUGUUGCAGUGGUGAUGGAUGCAAACGAGAUGCAGGGCCUCACUGCAGCCAAUGGCAUGGCAAGGCUUUCCAUCAAUACAGUGCAAAAUCCUGAACCAAUGACAAUCACAGUAAAGACCAAUGAUCCUUAUAUUUCACCAGAAAGGCAAGCAUCAGCCAGCAUGACAGCUCUCCCAUAUAGCACCAACAGCAACAAUUACAUCCAAAUAGGGGUGGAUGCAGCUGAAGUAAAAUUAAGAGACAACCUGAAGAUCAACCUCCACCUCAACAGGCAGGAAAAUGCACAAAAUGACAUCACGUACUUGUUCCUGAGCAGAGGUCAGCUGGUGAAACAUGGCCGUUUCCGGACAAAAGGUCAAGUACUGAUUUCCCUGAUAGUUCCCAUCACCAAAGACAUGCUGCCAUCGUUCCGCAUCAUAGCCUACUACCAUACAAAUGACAAUGAAGUGGUUUCAGACUCUGUUUGGGUGGAUGUCAAGGACUCCUGCAUGGGCUCGCUGAAGUUAGAAUCAUCAAGACCUGCUGUGUCCUAUGAGCCUCGCAGGAUGUUUGGUCUGAAAGUCACUGGAGAUCCAGAGGCCACAGUGGGACUGGUGGCAGUUGACAAAGGCGUCUACAUCCUGAAUAACAAGCAUCGCCUGACCCAGAAAAAGGUGUGGGACAGUGUAGAGAAAUAUGAUACAGGCUGCACACCAGGUGGAGGGAAGGACAGUAUGAGUGUGUUCUACGAUGCUGGACUGUUGUUUCAGUCCAACACAGCUUCUGGGACUCCCUUCAGACAAGAACUGGACUGUCAGGCUCUCAGCAGGAGGAAACGAGCCACUGCUAUAAUGAAUGUUACAACCAGCUUAGUAUACAGAUACUACAAGUGACUUGUUGUUUUGGAUGGCAUGAGGACACCCAUUUCGGAUACAGCCCUGGGUGGGGGAGAGGGGCGGAGUGAGUACAUCUCAGAUGGUGCAGCCUGUAUCGAGGCCUUCCUGCACUGCUGCAACGAGAUGGAAAUACAGCAAGCUGAGAGGAAGGAUGAAAGCCUCCAACUGGCUCGCAGUGAAGAUGAAGACGGUUACAUGGACAUCAAUGACAUUACUUCUCGAACCAAGUUCCCUGAAAGUUGGCUGUGGACCAACGUCAAACUGCCUGCUUGCCCUCUACAAACACCCGACUGUGAGUCCACAUCACUUGUGAAAAAUGUUCCUUUGCAAGACUCAAUCACAACCUGGCAGUUCACUGGCAUUAGUCUGUCAAGAACUCAUGGUAUCUGUGUUGCUGACCCGUUAGAGGUAAUUGCACAGAAGGACUUCUUCAUUGACCUCAGACUGCCCUACUCUGCUGUCCGUGGAGAGCAGCUGGAAAUCAAAGCAAUCCUCUACAACUACACACCGGAUCCUACCACUGUGCGUGUGGAUCUGCUUGAGGAGGAGCAUGUGUGCAGUGCAGCUUCAAAACGUGCAAGGUAUCGUCAGGAGGUCAAAGUUGGGCGCCAAGCCACACGUUCUGUACCCUUUGUCAUUAUUCCCACAAGGGAGGGACAACACCGCAUUGAGAUCAAAGCAUCUGUUAAAGACUCGGCGCUCAGUGAUGGAAUUGUGAAGACGCUGCAGGUGGUGCCUGAAGGCUUGCUGAUGAAAUGGCCACAGAUUAUAGCUCUGGAUCCUGAAAAUAAAGGUGUAGAUGGCAAACAAGUGGAAAUUAUCAACAGUGGACUUGCUAUGAAAGAUUUUCUUCCAAACACACCUACUACCACACAGAUCUCUGUCACAGGGAGAGUGCACACAAGUGUAUUGAAGAAUGCCAUCAGUGGGACACCAAUGGGUAGUCUGAUCUACCAGCCUGCGGGCUGUGGAGAGGAGAACAUGAUCCACAUGACCCUGUCUGUCAUUACAACCACAUAUUUGGACAAUGCCAACCUGUGGGAACCUUUGAACAUUGGGAGACGUGUCGAAGCCCUCCAACACAUAAGCACCGGUUACCAUAAUCAGCUUGCCUAUCGUAAAAAGGAUGGGUCUUUUGCUGCAUAUCUCGAUCACCAAAGCAGCACCUGGUUGACAGCUUAUGUCGUCAAGGUGUUUGUCAUGGCCAACAGUCUGGUGGCAGUGCAAAGCGAAGUGAUCUGCGACGCUGUCAAGUUUCUGAUCCUCAAAGCACAGCAACCUGAUGGCGUGUUUAGAGAAGUAGGAAGUGUGUCCCACGGAGAGAUGAUAGGUGAUGUGCGUGGCAAAGAUUCAGAUGCCUCCAUGACAGCCUUCUGUCUCAUCGCCAUGCAGGAGUCACGCACAUUGUGUGCUGCCACUGUUAAUCAUCUGCCAGGCAGUACAAACAAAGCAGUGGCCUACCUGGAGAGACGCCUGCCCAGCCUAAUCAACCCUUAUGCUGUUGCCAUGACAUCAUAUGCCCUGGCCAAUGAAAACAAACUGAACCAGGACGUCCUCUACAAGUUUGCUUCCCCAGAGUUGUCCCACUGGCCUGUACCAAAGGGACGUGUUUACACACUGGAGGCCACAGCUUACGCUCUUCUGGCUCUGGUCAAGGCCGAGGCUUUUAAAGAAGCCAUACCUGUAGUGAGAUGGUUCAACAAACAGAAGAGAGUGAGUGGAGGAUAUGGAUCAACUCAGGCUACCAUAAUGGUGUACCAGGCUGUAGCAGAGUACUGGGCCAGUGCCAAAGAACCAGAAUAUGAUCUGAAUGUGGACAUCUUGUUGCCGGGCAGGUCAAAACCUAACAAGUACAACUUAAACAGGAAUAACCACUAUGCCACGAGAACAUCUAAAAUCAACGAUAUAAACCAGGAUGUGAAAGUGACUGCCACGGGCAAAGGAGAAGCAACAGUGACAAUGGUGUCGCUGUAUUACGCUCUGCCUAAAGAGAAGGAGAGCAACUGCCAGAAGUUUAACCUGUCAGUGGAGCUCAGCCCAGGGAAAAUGAAUGAGGAUGAGAUGAUAUACCAGCUGAAAAUAGAGGUCAUGUAUAAAGACAUGGCGCACGAUGCAACCAUGUCAGUCUUGGAUAUUGGCUUGCUAACAGGCUUCACUGUGAACACAAAAGACCUUGACUUGUUGUCCAAAGGCCGUGCCCGCACCAUUGCAAAAUAUAAGAUGAACACAGCCCUGUCAGAGAGAGGCUCGCUCAUUAUUUACCUGGACAAGGUUUCUCACACACAAACAGAAGAGAUCGCUUUUAGAAUCCACCAGACGCUGAAAGUGGGCGUCUUACAACCAGCAGCUGUGUCUAUCUAUGAAUAUCAUGACCAUCAGUACAGUAAUAAAACACAUUGUGUGAAAUUCUACCAUCCAGAGAGGAGAGCUGGAGAGCUACUGAGGCUCUGUAGAAAUGAUGAAUGCACAUGUGCUGAAGAGAACUGCAGUAUGCAGAAGAAGGGCAAAAUUAACAACGCUGAACGCACAGCUAAAGCUUGUGAGACUGAAGUGAACAUCAAAAUAGAUUUUGUGUACAAAGUGAGUCUUGAGGAAUAUACAGAUGGUUUGUCCACUGACAUUUACACAGUGCGGUUACUGGAAGUCGUCAAAGAAGGAAGUAUUGAUGUGGGUCCUCAGGGUAAACUGCGCACAUUCCUCAGUCAUCCACACUGCAGAGUGGCUUUAGAUUUAGGCACAGGAAAAACCUACCUUAUCAUGGGCACGUCCAAAGAUAUUCACAUAGACGAAGAGAGAGAAUCGUAUCAGUAUGUGCUCGGUGAGAGAACCUGGAUCGAGUACUGGCCAACAGAAGCAGAGUGUCAAACUGAGGAACACAAAACUACCUGUGCAGGCAUAAAGGAGAUGGUCGAGCGGUACACACGCUAUGGAUGUCAGCAGAAGUAAAACUGAAGAAAAUUAAAUUUGUUUGUGAGUUGUUUUUGUUUUGCAUUACUCUGUAACACUUUAGAUUACAGUCCAAAAGUUACACUGUAAGUAUUUAGAACAUACGUAUCAA